AUGAGCGCCGAGGUAGCGCCUUCUUCUGACAACCUGCUCAAUAUAGGUGUGUUGCUGGAGACGUUGGCGAAAGAUGUUGCUCCGAACAUCGUAGACCUGCUGUCUGAAGAGGAGUACAAGCAGCAAUCACUGGUGUUUUUGAACGAAUUGCUGUCGCGAAAGGACUCGGAUCUGCUUCUGGCCACUUCGGUUCCCCCCUCUUUGGAUUCCGAGCAGAGCUCCAAAACAUUGAUCGAGGAAGUUGCUGAAUUGGACAACAAGCAAAGAACCCUUGUCCAGCAGCUGAAGAACACACUCACCUCAAACAUCUCGCUGGUGCUGGAAACCAAUGCUCAGGUCGAAAAUGUGUUCAAUGUAUUCCAGGGUGAGUUUAGUGGGAGUGUGAAAACGAUACGCAACAGUUUUGGCAGAUACCAAUCAGAUGAAGAUGAAGAUAAGAACGAGGACGGAGAAGAGGAUGAGGUCGAAACGCAUGAGAUCGACGCAAGACACAGGGGAGAUGAUGAUGAGUCGAUAGGUUGGAAAGAUUUUACUGGUCUAGCGGAUUCCAAAGCUUCAAACUCCCAAUCCUCUUUCAUAGUGCUCAAGAACAUGGACGGGAUUAUGGAUAUUUUGGAACUCCCUGCUCUGGCAAAUGCAUGUGUCAAACAGGGACAUUAUGCAGAAUGUGUUGAGAUAGCCUCGCACGUGAGAAGACUGGCGAUCAGAUACUCGGAUAUCGCCAUUAUUUCACAGGUGGAAAUGGCCAUCAAAAGAGAGGUUAAGGAAAUGCAGGUGGGUCUGAUAAGGUUGUUGAACGCAGACCUGAAGCAGACGAGCAUAAUAAAGAUCAUAUCUUAUUUGAAAAGAAUAGGGCCCCUGAACGUUGAUGAUGAUAACAGGUCCGCAAACUCUAUGGGAAACGAGCAAUUGAAGCAGAUAUUCCUGAAAUCAAGAUACCAGUUUAUCAUGAACGAGCUGGAUGUGCUAUCUCCGUUGAAACAAUCCAACUCGAUGGAAAAGUACCUAAAAAGGAGCAUUGAGGUGAUCAGAGAAUACUGCUUUGCCACGCUUAUGUCAUACGACUCGGUUUUCCCCGAGGAAGGUUCUUCGCAGGUGAUUUCAAGAGCUACAAAGACUUUACUCUAUUCAUUCAUUAGCGCCGUGAUAUCGCGCCUUUCCGCAAUCCUCAGGGAGUCUCUGCCAAUGAUAACGGAGAAGUCCGUGAAGGAUGGCUUGCUGCUACAGGUUAUCUACUGUUGCCAGAGUUUGGGCCGUGUUGGUGGUGAUUUCAGUGUUAUCCUGUUGAAUGAUCUCCAACAGAGCUUGCCUGGGGAAGAGGUAAUAAGCAAACAGGCCUGGUGUCUGGUGCUCAAGAAACAGAAGGAUUUGGUCAAAUCCCUGAACAAUCCUUUGUCCACGUGA